CCAUUAAUUAACCUUACCCCCGUCUAUCGGCACAGAUCUACAACUUCCACUAUUAAUAUCCACAUAAUCAUCUCUCCACGCCACCACCACCACCACCACCACCGGAAAUGAUCAUGGGUUCAUCUCUCAAACUUGCCGUAGUUUCCGCCACCGUCUUGUCCACCGCCGUCAUGAUCAACCUUUUAAUACCCUUGAUUAUGGAUGCUUCACUCCAAGACGUCCGUGGCAUAUGGUCCUCUCUCAUAUCUUGGCUCAAACCACCUUAUCUUUAUGUUGUCAUCAACUGUAUAAUCAUCACCAUCGUUGCUUCUUCACGGUUGCAAUCCAAGCUCGACGAUUUUCCACCGCCGUCAACUUUUCCGACACCGCCGUUUGAGCCUGCAGUCAAGGUGGAAGUACCACGGUUUCAUCAACCUCAAGUACCGGAAGUUGUACCGUUUGACGGCGUUGGAUUAGGGAAUGAACAGCCGGUGAAGGAGAACGUCGCCGGUUAUUCCAGUGAUCGGAAAGUUGUUCAAGUUCCGGAACGUGAUUUGAGUACGUAUGAUUUCAGGGAAGAAGAUAUGAAGACAGCGACGGAAGCUUACGAAGAAAUCACGAAAAAUAUGGCGAAUAAAUCUGUGAUCUCCAUGUCUUCUUGGACACCGUCGAAAAUAAGUCAAGUAGAUCUCUCCGUUCCGAUGGAGAAACCACCGGCUUCCACUAGAUUCAGCCGCCGGAAACCUACCAAAGCCACCCCGGAAGGUGGAAGAACGUUGGGAGUCGCGAAGCCAAAGCGGCAAGACACGCUGGAUACCACGUGGAAGACAAUAACUGAAGGUCGGUCAGUGCCGUUAACGAGACACCUCCGUAAAUCUGACACGUGGGAGACACACGGCCGUCACCACAACAACUCCACUGAAGCCGUCGAAAGGAUGACAAAAUCCGAUACGUUCGACGUCAAUCACGGCGGAGGUAGCUGCCGGAAACCACCACCUCCGCCAUCAAAACUGAGCCGCUCCGGUGGUUCAGGGAGGCUGAAAAAAGUACCGUCGUUGGGUCAGGAAGACUUGAACCGGCGAGUUGAAGCAUUCAUAAAGAAAUUCAACGAGGAUAUGAGAUUACAGAGACAAGAAUCUUUGAAUCAGUAUAUGGAGAUGAUUAAUCGUGGGGCCCAUUAGAUCGGCGACCGUAUAACCGCCGUACGCUUGAUCUGUUCAUCGGUUUAUCGACCAAUCAGAAUUUAGUUUUUUGUUUUGGUCUAUGUUUUUGUCCUACAAUAAUCGUAGACAUGUACAAUUUUAUUAUUAGGAUAAAUCAUUGUAUAUUUAGAUAUAUUAGAAGUAACAAUGUAACGAGAUGAAUUUUUAUUUUAAUAUU